AUGGCGCGCAGCCAGACGCCGCAGGGCAGCUUGCGGCAGCGCAAUGCCCCAGUCAAGAAAGGCGCCGACUCCCCCGGCGUUGCCCCUGAGCACGAGCUCGACAAGCUCGCCAAGUUCGCCAUGCAGAAGAACGUCGCCGACGGCGAGCGCGAGCACAAGGUCGCCCUGAGCCUCAUUACCGUCCUGGCCUUUGUCACCCGUUUCUGGGGCAUCAGCCACCCCAACGAGGUCGUCUUUGACGAGGUUCACUUUGGCAAGUUUGCUUCGUACUACAUCGAGCGAACGUACUUCUUCGACGUCCACCCUCCCUUCGCCAAGCUCCUCUUCGGCUUCAUGGGCUGGCUCGUCGGCUACGAUGGCCACUUCCACUUCGACAACAUUGGCGACUCGUACAUCGACAACAAGGUGCCUUACGUGGCCUUCCGAGCCCUCCCCGCCAUCCUGGGAGCUCUCACCGUGUCCGUCACGUACCUCAUUAUGUGGGAGUCGGGCUACAGCGUUCCCGCGUGCAUCGUCGCCGCGGGCUUGAUCCUCCUCGACAACGCCCACAUCGGCCAGACCCGCCUGAUUCUGCUCGACGCGACGCUGGUGCUCGCCAUGGCCUGCAGCUUGCUGUUCUACAUCAAGUUCUACAAGCUGCGCCAUGAGCCCUUCAGCCGCAAGUGGUGGAAGUGGCUCGUCCUGACGGGCUUUGCGCUCUCGUGCGACAUCUCGACCAAGUAUGUCGGCCUCUUCGCCUUCGUCACCAUCGGUUCGGCCGUCAUCAUCGAUCUCUGGGAGCUGCUCGACAUCAAGCGCCCAGCCGGCGCCAUCUCCCUGCCCGAAUUUGGCAAGCACUUCGCCGCCAGGGCCAUUGGCCUCAUUGUCUUGCCUUUCAUGUUUUACCUCUUCUGGUUCCAGGUCCACUUCGCCAUCCUUUCGCGCUCCGGCCCCGGCGAUGACUUCAUGUCUCCCGAGUUCCAGGAGACCCUGAGCGACAACGUCAUGCUCGCAAACUCCAUGACAGUCCAGUACUACGACGCCAUCACCAUCAGGCACAAGGAGACCAAGACGUACCUUCACAGCCACGAGGACACGUACCCACUGCGUUACGAUGACGGCCGUGUCUCGAGCCAGGGCCAGCAGGUGACCGGCUACCCCCACAAUGACACCAACAACUACUGGCAGAUUCUGCCUUUGGACGACGACAAGCAGCGGGGCCGCAACGUCAGGAACCGCGACUUGGUCCGUCUCCGACAUCUCGUCACCGACAAGGUCCUCCUGUCUCAUGACGUCGCCUCCCCCUACUACCCGACGAACCAGGAGUUUACCUGCGUCAGCGUCGAGGAGGCCUACGACAGCCGUGCCAACGAUACAAUCUUCGAGAUUCGCAUCGAGAACGGCAAGUCGAACCAGGAGUUCAAAUCCAUCUCUGGCCACUUCAAGCUCAUCCACAACCCGAGCAAGGUGGCCAUGUGGACGCACACCAAGCCCCUGCCUGAUUGGGCCCACAGGCAGCAGGAGAUCAACGGCAACAAGAACAUUGCCCCUAGCUCAAACGUGUGGUUUGUCGAGGACAUCCCCACGAUGCCCGCCGAUGAUGUGCGACGCCAGAAGGAGGAGCGCAAGGUCAAGUCGCUGCCGUUCCUGGUUAAGUGGUUCGAGCUUCAGAGGGCCAUGUUCUACCACAACAACAAACUGACGAGCGACCACCCCUACGCCAGCCACCCGUACCAGUGGCCCUUCCUGCUCCGCGGCGUGAGCUUCUGGACCCAGAACGACACGCGCCAGCAGAUUUACUUUAUUGGCAACCCCGUGGGCUGGUGGUUGGCGAGCAGCCUUCUGGCCGUUUUUGCGGGCAUCAUUAUUGCCGACCAGAUUUCUCUGAAGCGCGGCAUCGACGCCUUGGAUCACCGCACUCGCUCUCGCCUCUACAACUCGACCGGCUUCUUCUGGCUGGCUUGGGCAACGCACUACUUCCCAUUCUACCUCAUGGGCCGCCAGCUCUUCCUGCACCACUACCUGCCCUCUCAUCUGGCGUCCUGCCUGGUGGCGGGCGGUCUCGUGGAGUUUGUCUUCAACGCCGAGCCCGCCGAUGAGGUACCGCCCGCGAGCAGCAAGAAGGGCUCCGCUGCCGGUCCCAAGAGGCAUAUUACCGCGCGCGAGAGGUUUGCGGGCCAGAGCAUGAUGGGCGCGUGGAUUGCCUGCCUGGUCAUCAUGGCCGUUGCCGUAGCAGGCUGGUACUUCUUCCUUCCCCUGACGUAUGGCUACCCCGGCCUCUCGGUGGAACAGAUUCAACGUCGCAAGUGGCUCGGAUUCGAUCUCCACUUUGCAAAAUAG